AUGACAUCUGAUUUCUGGGCUGGCUACAUCAGUGGUGCCCUUGGGAUCAUCAUCGGCAACCCAUUGGACGUAAUCAAGGUCCGGCUGCAAGCGGGCAAUUCAGAUGUAUCUUCUCAACCACAUCUAAGCCGCUUUGAGCGGGCCAGCUCUCUCGUUCGAGGUGCGGCUGCUCCGAUCUUGGGAUACGGCGCUCUAAAUGCAAUUCUCUUCGUCGCAUACAAUCGGUCAUUGACAUCACUCGACAGCUCCAUCACGGACCCCACCAAACCCGAUGGUGUUGCUCUGUAUAAAAUCUGGUUAGCCGGUGCUGCGGGCGGACUGGCCAGCUGGACUAUCUCCUCUCCGACUGAAUUCAUCAAAUGCCGAGCACAAUUAGAUACCCGACCGGAGGUCUCAUCGUGGACCGUUGCAAAGGAUAUAUAUCGCAAUCGCGGCUGGAGGGGUCUGUACUUUGGGGGUGCAAUUACAAGCGCCAGAGAUUCAAUUGGCUAUGGGUUCUAUUUCUGGUCCUACGAGCUUUGCAAGCGCUGGAUGAUGACGCAGAACGAAAGUUCACACGAAGCUGCUCUCAGAGUACUUCUGUGCGGUGGCAUUGCGGGCAUUGUCACCUGGGGCUCGGUCUUCCCACUGGACAUGAUCAAGACCAGGCUGCAAGCACAGACGAUGCAUGAUCAUUCUUUGACAGGGCCGUCUGAGGGUCGAUCUUUAUUGCAGCCACCUCGGCAAACCUUGAACACCUUCCAGAUCGCCCGAGAGGUGUAUCGGGCCGAGGGCGUACAUGCAUUCUAUCGCGGCCUCGGCAUCUGCAGUGUCAGAGCAUUCAUUGUGAAUGCCGUUCAGUGGGCGGCAUACGAAUGGCUGAUGAAGACCCUAACAGCCCAUGAGCCUCCUGUGGGCCAAUACUACGUCGCAUAG